UAUGCGUUAAGAAUUAAUUUAUUUGUUAAUCGCAGAAAAAGAAAAUGAAUUAGUUUAUUUAAAAAUUAUGAAAAUAAAAAUAAUCGACAUACACAUUUUUCAAGUCUCAAAAGAAACAUAGUCUCAACAGUCUCCAUUACAAAGUGUAUUUCCCAUCAAAAUCCGAGAUGCAAAGCGAAAGAAAGCAAGGGUACGCGUGGGCGAUUUCAGCCGGUUUCAACGCUGCUCUUGCCGCCAUUUCUGCUAAAUUCUUUUCAUCCCAGUUGAAAUAUGCGCUGGUCGUGCUUUUCAAUGUCAUAAUGUGGGGAUGCUAUGUUAAUAGCAUGAAGUCUCUGUCAUCUUUACAAGCUACGGUAACAAACUUUGCCACAAACUUCCUGACUUCUGGGGUGUCUGGAUAUAUUCUCUUUGACGAGUCACUAUCUCUUAAGUGGUUUGCAGGUGCUGUGUUAAUCGUAAUGGGUGUUAUAGUUCUAAGCAAGUCGAGCAUUGAGAAGAAAACACAUACAAGUUAGGUGAAUUUCUAUUGUGUUAUGCUCCUCCUGUGGCUGGUGAUUGAAGUGGGCUGAAAGCCAAAUAGGCAAAAGAACUGAUAAUAGGUACAACGAUAACCUUGUCAGCUUAUCAUCAUGUUGUGUGCCGCAUAAAUAUUUCCCUCUUCUAGUAUAGGUUAGCAUCUCACUUUCCUUAUGUGACUGAUCCAUGCUUUCAAAUAAGUGGUAAUUUUUGGCGAUGCCAUUUUGUUGUAUAGCAGUAGUAAUUGCUAAACAAUACCUUAGUAUGAUAUCUUUUGCCUUCAUUUUGCUAAA